CAGCUAUUAGUCCAUGAACAGCAAACCGAAGAUGAUAGUUCAACACUUUGCUCGGCGUUUUCGACAGGAAUGGAGGUUGUUUUUCUGUCUAUGUUACUUGUCUUUGUAACCAACGCCGCUGACGCUGGGAGAUUCCAAGAAUGUUCCAAAGACUGGACACCGGCGAAUGCUAAGUGCUACAAGUUUGUGAACGAAAGAGUCCACAGACAUGGAGCAUCCCGUAGAUGUAGAAGACGCUAUUCUGCUUCUCUAGCAGUGAUUGAGAACGAGGAAGAGAAUGAAGUCGUCCAAGAUCUUCUCCAAAGUCACAGAUACGCAUGGAUCGCUUUACAGCGAGGACGUGGAGACGACAACUGGAACUGGGAAGUUGAGAUUCCUUUUGUAUACUCUAACUGGAAGGAGUCCAACGAUGGUUAUUCAGAAGGGUGCGCAGUGAUAACCUAUAAUGGCUAUUGGUCAUCUGCCGGUUGUCGUAUCGACUUCCCUUAUGUAUGUUCGAAAAAGGCUGAUUGUGAACCUGGAUGGACUGGCGAUAAAUGUGAUCACAAGUGUCACUGUUUCAAGGGCCAUGUCUGUAAUGCAACCCAUACCUGUCCGGAUGGGUGUGAGAAGGGAUGGGCUGGAGAAAGGUGUGCAAGACAACAAGAAAAACCAACAGUGUCAUUCUACUGUAUGAAACAAAGGGGAGGCUACUCUCUGAUGGCUUCCUUUGACCAGAAAGGCAUCUCUUUCUCAAAUAUCGGAGCCGUGAAUGCUGGCGGGGAGAUCAGUCCCACGUGUAACUACAAUAAAUCGUACAUGAUGAGACAUGGGGAAGCGCCUUUAAAUGUUCAGAUCCAAAACGUAUCGGGAGUUUUGGAAUCCGAUUGUCCUGCCCAAACAGUUGGUAAUGGGAUCCUGAAAUGGACGUUCAGGCUUCAGAAGGAAGAUGGCGUAUUGUCGUUUGAAGACGAGGACCUUCACCUCCAAUGUGAUCUGUCUGAAGCCGAUGCUGUAUAUGACGACACUGAGAGAAUCGAGAUGGGGAAAAUUAAAGAGAGGUCCCUAACAGCUGCAACACAGACUAGGGUCAGUGUUCGGACAUACCUAGCUAAUCCUGAAACCAUGGAACCAGUAACAAAUCUCAGCCUUGGUGAUCCAGUCAGUCUGGUGGCCACGCUUCAAGAAGGGGAUGAUUUAGUCAUUCCGUUCUUUUACCCUUGGAGCUGUCAAGCUGCAUCUCCAGAUGGAAAGGUUACUGUACAACUGACCGACGACUCCGGUUGCUCUCUGAGGAAAGGAAUUGGCUUUGGAAUAAUGGACAAGGCAUCUGGUGUGAUCCAGUCGAAGAUAUUUCCGAUGUUUCAGCUGCCGGGCUACACAGAACUGGUGUUCAGUUGUGUUCUUGUACCCUCGCCCUUUCCUAAAUAUAAAACGCAGUAUUGUCCCAGGCGAGAAUGAGGCAACUUCGAAUAGAAAUAGCACAUGAUGGGUCAUAGACAAGAUAAGGACAGAGAGCUAUUCACAGCAGUCAAUCCCAACCCUGAAUUCUAGUGUCAACUCACAGGGUUCAUGACAAACCUGUUCACUUGAAAUAAAGUCUCACCUACUAUCAACUUGGAA